AUGGAGGUAAUUGAUCUGGAUUUUGACUUCUUUGUAGUCAGAUUUGCCAAUAGGGUCGACUAUGCUCAUGUCUUCACCGGCGGACCGUGGGUCAUCAUGGGGCACUACUUGGUGAUCCAACAAUGGAGACCGAUGUUUAUUCCUGCUAAAGGUGAACUGACCAGAGUCGCAGUUUGGUUCCGGGUUCCAGGCUUUCCUGUGGAAUGCUAUGAUCAGGAGGUUCUUCAGGAAAUUGGCAGGAACGUAGGCAGAUUCGUCAAAGUGGAUGACCACACCUGGAACACUAUGGCCGACAAAGGACAACGAGGGGCUGCAACUGAGCGUGCACGUUUCGCAAGGAUCUGUGUCGAAGUCGAUCUCAGAAAGACUCUUGUUUCCAAGUUUGUCUUUGAGGAUGAGGAGUUCAAGAUUGAAUAUGAAGGCUUGAAUAUGAUUUGCUUCGAAUGUGGCAAAUUUGGCCAUAAAAAAGAGACAUGUCCUCAUCAGAAAGGGGAUACCGGCGCUCAGAAUGCUACUGAACAGAACAAGGAGGCCCAACCAACUACUCAAGGGGAAGACUUUGGCCCUUGGAUGAUAGUGAAGCGGCCGUCGAGAACCACCGCAAGGCGACCGCCACCAAAACCAGCUGGCGGCAAGGGAGGUGGCACUAGGUUUUCCGUUUUGGAAACUAUGGACAUUGACGGAAAUCAAGGAAUUUCCAAUUUUACUUCUGGUAAUCCCGAGAAUUCCGGUCAGAUUCAAAUUCCCAAGUCAAAUCAGCCGGCAAGGAAUAUUCCCUCUGCAGAAGUUGUUAUGGACAAAUCUGUGGGCCCCACUUCCUCAAGUAAUUCAAAAAACUAUAAGAUUAUGUCGGGUGGGCAGUCUACAAAUUCCAGCACGAGUCUUGAGGAGACUAAUGAUGAGCCAAUUAUGGCUGCACCAACCGUUACGAAUCCUGUGCCAACCCUAGCCCUACAGUCAAGCGUCAAGAAUCCAGGGAAAGUCAAUCCCAAUCAUGAUGCGUACUUUGCUCCGGAAAGGGCUGACGUCACCAAUCCUAGACCCACACCGCCGCCCCAGCAGAAUAAAGUGGGUCCCGCUUCCUCCUUGGGUGCUGCUUCUAAAGGGGUUCCUCUCCUACUUAAAGAUCUUGUUUUUAGACAUCAUGUUUCUUGCAUAGCUCUUUUUGAGCCUAGAGUUAGUGCCACCAAGCUUCCCAUGAUCAUGAAGACAGUAGGUUUGGAUGACUGCUUUGUGGUGGAAGCGGAGGGUUUUUCUGGUGGUAUUUGGAUCUUUUGGUCCAAGAGUUGGGGUUCAGUGGAAGUGUUGUAUUCCCACCGUCAACUGGUCCACUUACGGAUUAAACCUAAUAAUGGUCAACCACACUUUCUAGUCACCUUCGUGUAUGGCAGUCCAAAUGUCUCUCUUAGAGACUUUCUUUGGAGGGAAUUGCGUCAACUUGCCUCGCACAUAACGGAGCCUUGGGUUGUCAUGGGCGAUUUCAAUACCUACCUUCAUGCUUCUGAUAAAGUGGGAGGUGGCCCUCCAAAUAUGUUAUCCAUGUCAAAAUUCAGGAACUGUAUAGAGGAAUGCUCUCUCUCUGACCUUGGUUUCAAAGGCCCCCCUUUCACUUGGGAGGGUAGAGGAGUAAAAGAGAGGAUCGAUUGGACACUGGGGAAUGACCAAUGGCUUGCAUAUUUUCCGGAAGCUUCAGUCCUCCAUCUUCCCAAACUUAAGUCUGAUCAUAAACCUAUGCUUCUUCAGUUAUGUGAGAAUCAGGAAGAUGUGGCUCUUCGCCCCUUCCGCUUUAUGGCAGCGUGGCUAACCCAUGAGGAUUUCCCUCGCCUUGUUGAAUCCUCUUGGAACAAUCAGGAAGCUUGGAUCCCUGCUUCUGAUAAGUUCAGGGAAGAGGCUAUCUCUUGGAAUAGAAAUAUUUUUGGUGAGAUUGGUCGAACCAAAAGGAAACUUAUGAGAAGAUUAGAGGGAAUCAAUAAUAGGCUCCGUAUGGCUCAUGUCCCCUACCUUGUGAAGCUUCAAGAUCGGCUUUGGAAAGAGUACCAGAAGGUGUUGUUCCAAGAAGAACUUCUUUGGAAGCAAAAAUCUAGAGUUUCCUGGCUUAAUCAUGGAGAUAAGAACACUCGAUUCUUCCACACCGCCACAAUGACGCGCCGCAAGCGUAACAAAAUUGAAGCUUUAUCCAAUGACGAGGGAGUGGUGAUUACCAAUCCGCACACCCUCCGUUGCAUGGCAGUGGAAUUUUUCCGCCACCUUUACACGAGCUCAGGAGAUACUGUAACAUACCACAUCAGAGAUGCCUUCCCACAGCUUCCUGAAGAUGAACUUCGAGACAUCUCCAAACCGUUGCUGGCUGAGGAGAUUAAACAAGCCGCUUUUAGCAUGGGGGCUUUAAAGGCACCUGGACCAGAUGGCCUCAACCCACUCUUCUUCCAAUCACAAUGGCAUGUCAUUGAGCAAUCAGUGGUUAAUUUUAUUCAUGAAUGCGUUCAGAGACCAGAGAAAAUAAAAGAGGAGGUGCUCCACUUUAUGCGCUACCUGAAGCGUAAGAAAGGUUGGCUAGCUAUAAAGGUUGACCUAGAGAAGGCUUAUGAUAGACUCGAUUGGAACUUCUUAAGGGAUACUCUUUUGGAGGUGGGCCUAGAGCAGCAGCUUUGUGAUUUGAUCCUUAAUUGCGUCUCCUUGAGCUCCUUCCAAAUCAUGUUCAAUGGCAGCAAAACUGAUAGUUUUACUCCCACUAGAGGUAUUCGCCAAGGGGAUCCUCUAUCACCAUACUUGUUUGUCUUGUGCAUGGAGCGUUUGGCCCAUCAUAUCCAAAGGGAGGUAGAUAAUUCUAAUUGGAAACCUAUCUAUCUCUCUAAACAUGGUCCGCCUAUUACACACCUCUUUUUUGCAGAUGAUCUUUUACUCUUUGGAGAAGCCUAUCCUCCUCAGGUUAAUAUUAUGAUGAAGUGUCUUGAUGAGUUUAGCAAGGCCUCCGGUCAGAAGGUUAGCAAAAACAAGUCUCAUAUGUUUAUUUCCCCUAAUGUGCACCGGGAUGAGGCUCAUUUCCUAAGCAGAUUGGCAGGCAUCCAUCUUACAUCAGAUCUGGGAAAGUACCUUGGGGUCCCUCUCCUACAUAAAGCUCCAACAAGAGCUACUUACAACUUCAUCCUCGAGAAAGCUCAGAAGCGGUUAUCGUCUUGGAAAGCCUCUACGCUAAGCCUAGCAGGGAGAGUGACUUUGGCGAAAUCGGUUGUGGCAUCCUUACCGUCAUAUUGCAUGCAAACCAUGUUGAUUCCGAAAUCCGUUUGUGAGAAGUUGGACCAACUUCAAAGGAACUUUGUGUGGGGCUCUGAGAAUGGGAAAAGAAAGGUUAGUCAAGUUAGCUGGGAAGUAAUCUGCAGUCCCAAGAAGCAAGGCGGCCUUGGUUUUAGGAGAACUUCUGAUUUCAAUGAAGCUCUCCUCAUGAAGGCGGGUUGGGAACUAAUCCAUAACCCCAAUUCGUUAUGGGUGAGGGUCCUCCGUGGAAAAUAUGGCUGCGGAACUAAUGUGGUUCCAGAGGUGAAUAAGAACAAUCGGGAGUCGCUUAUCUGGAGAGGCAUCCGCUCUACUUGGCAUCGGGUGAUAUCGGGCUGUAGCUGGAAUGUCAGGGAUGGCACAUCUGCUCGCUUCUGGAAGGACCCUUGGAUAAUGUCAGGUCAUGUUCUGCAGAACUUGGCAACAAACCCAAUUCCCCAUCACGAUAUGGAUCUCCCUAUGGCAGAUUUCUAUGACUUAGACAGAGGUUGGGAGUUAGAUCACUUUCAGCAUAUAUUACCUCGUGCAAUAGUUGAGGAGAUCACCACUUUCCACUCAGUGCAACCAGACGGUGGUAGAGAUGAAGUUAUGUGGUCCGGGACACCAUCUGGAGAAUUCUCUACUAAGUCUGCCUACGACCUAAUUUGUAAUGAUCACUCUCAUCGUCAAGAAGAGAGCAUUUGGAAGCUUAUCUGGAGUAUCAAAGGACCUCAACGGGUUCGAGUAUUUCUCUGGAAGCUGUGUAAUCGUGGGGUUUUGACGAAUGCUAUUCGAGUUAGAAGGCACAUGGGAGCCUGCGACCUUUGCCCUAUGUGCCAAGCCGCGACGGAAGACUAUUCUCACAUUUUUCGAGAUUGUGUUGCGGUACGCUCGUUCUGGACAUCAGCCAUGGCAGGGAGAUCUUCAAUCGCCUUCUUCGAUGCAGAUUGGCCUACAUGGGUAGCUGCCAAUAUCAGUGGUCAGUUCCAAGGUCGAAUGGGGGUCGAGUGGCCUCGCUUCUUUGCGUCGACUUUGUCUGCCAUUUGGAGGAUGAGAAAUGACUUGGUCUUUAAUCAUCACCCUCACAGUACUGCUCGCAUUUGGUACUUCAUGCGAGCUCUUGGCAUGGAGGAAAGUACAUCUUCUUCUGUUCAGGCCCCCUCUCUAUCGACUCUCCAAGGGCAGCAUCAAGGAAUUUUUGAUUGCAGUCCAACGCGAAAUACCUUGUCUGGUUGGAUCAAACCGGAUGCUGGGUGGCGCAAAAUUAACGUAGAUGGUGCCAUGAGCUACGAUCGCCAAGCUAGUUGUGGUGGGGUUAUCCGUGAUGAGAUGGGGCGCUGGUUAAGGGGUUUUAGUUGGAACUUUGGAACCUUUUCUUCAGCUAAUGUUUGCCUCACGGAACUGAUGGCGGUGAAAGCAGCGGUAGAGGCAGCCAUGAGCUUAGAUUUAUCACGUGUGAUAGUUGAAUCUGAUUCCUUGGAUGUUAUUAACCUUCUUCAUGAGCCAGUCUCUACUUCUCAUCGUUAUGGACAUGUUGUCUCGUCUAUCCUGCAUCUACAGCGAGAGCACGAGUCUCUUGUCUUCCAAUAUACUCCGCGGGAAUGCAAUUCAGUUGCAGAUUUCAUUGCGAAAGUUGGGCUCAGCCUCCACUACGGGCAACACUGGUUCGAACACCCUUUUGGGGAGUGUCAUUCCCUCAUCUUGCGGGAUGCUCCUAUGAGUAGCUCUAUUGCUACCUCUGCUUAG